CGAGAAUGUAAAAAAAAUAUCUCUGUAAUUGACAUUAUUGAGUUUCGAGGUUAUUUCUUUCCAAAAUUAAUUUAAAUUUAACAAAUCCGUAAAAUAAAACCAAAAUGGAUAGCUUAUCCACUGGAUCUUUAAGUGGAGUGCAAAAAGAAGACUUGAUGGAUCAGGUGAAACAGCAAAUAGCAAUAGCAAAUGCACAAGAACUCCUCACGAAGAUGUCUGAGAAAUGUUUCAAAAAGUGUAUCAAUAAACCAGGCACUGCUUUGGACAAUUCUGAACAGAAAUGCAUCGCCAUGUGCAUGGACAGAUAUAUGGAUGCCUGGAACCUCGUGUCACGGACGUAUAGCAGUCGUAUUCAACGCGAAAGGAACAACAUGUGAGAGUAAUUCUACUCCAUGGACCUUCGCUGUGUUGUAUAUAUAAACUACUAGAUGCAGAAUAUGUUUCAAAUUGUGAAUUGCGGCUAGCAGAUGACGUUAUGUUGUUGUAUUCAAUAAAAAUAUUUUAGGUUGUUUUUAUUGGUCUCCUUGAUUCAGCUUGCCUUUCCUUAAAUAC